GAAAUUCACAGUGAUUAGUCAGGGUGGGUGACAGACCUCAAAAUGAAGAGAGCAAAUCUUAAGCAAAAUAGUUGGUAGGUUGGGAAACUGACCAAAAUCAGCAAAUAUCUAGUUGUUUUGAGUUGGCUAAUGAGACCCCACUUAAGUUGAAGACAUUCCCAAUCUCAAAUGCAACAUUUUUUUUUGUUUAGGUGUAUUCAGGACAGGCAGGUGAUUGUGAAUGAACUGGAGUAUCUCUCUAUGAACCUUGAGGUGCCAGAAGUGUCAGAGGAUUGCUUGUAUCUCAACAUCUACACUCCAUCCAAAUCUGGUGAAGAUGCCAAAUUACCAGUCAUGGUUUGGAUCCAUGGUGGAGGACUAAGUUUUGGUGCAGCCUCAAUUUAUGAAGGCUCAGUCCUGUCAGCGUAUCAGAAUGUGGUUGUGGUGAUGAUCCAGUACAGAUUGGGUCUGCUAGGAUUCCUCAGCACUGGAGAUGAACAUGCACCAGGAAACUAUGGUCUUCUGGAUCAGGUAGCAGCACUCCAGUGGGUCCAGGAGAACAUCCACAGCUUCGGUGGAGAUCCUGGAUCAGUGACUAUCUUUGGAGAAUCUGCUGGAGGAAUAAGUGUUUCCUUGCUGGUUCUCUCCCCAUUGGCUUCUGGUCUGUUCCAUCGCGCUAUAGCAGAAAGUGGCACUGCUGUUUGGGAUGGUCUUGAGAUGGCCAAUCCUUUACCAUUAGCUCAGCAUGUAGCCAAAUCAUCAAACUGUGACUUUAGUAGUUCCUCAAAGAUUGUUGACUGUGUCAUGAGCUGGUCUGAAGAGGAAGCUGUGAAAUAUUCCAAACAGUACAGAAUGAUGUACUUUGGAGUUGCAGUGGAUUCAUAUUUCCUUCCCAAGUCCAUAAAUGAGAUCAUUCAGAACCAAGAAUUCAGUAAAGUUCCUCUCAUAACUGGAAUCACUGACGAUGAGUUUGGCUUUUUGUUGCCCAGUUACUUUGAUAAUCCAGGAUGGACUGAGGGAAUGGAUAAAGAACAAGCCACCCAAACCUUGAUUUUAAAUUUUCCUGAUCCAAAGGAUCGAUGGAUCAUUGACCUGGUGGCCAAUGAGUACCUGGGAAACACUAAUGACCGCAUUCAAAUCCGAGACCUUUAUAGAGAGAUGAUGGGGGAUGUGCUGUUUAAUAUUCCUGCCCUAAAACUGGCAAAAUACCACAGCGCCUCAGGAGCACCAGUUUACCUGUACGAGUUCCAACAUCCUCCCAGUAUGAUCAAGAAGAACAGGCCCAGCUUUGUUGGUGUCGACCAUGCAGAUGAACUGUUUUUUGUUCAGGGCAGCUGCUUCACAAAAGCCCAUAUCACUAUAACUGCUCCGUUUACAAAGGAAGAAGAUGAACUAUGCAGAACUGUGAUGGCCUACUGGGGGAACUUUGCUCGCACUGGGUCUCCAAAUGGUCCCGGUCUCAUUCUAUGGCCUGAAUAUGGAUCUGAGCACGAGCAUCUCGGCAUCGGACUGGAACAGAAACCUGGGAAGAACCUGAAGGGAAAACACUAUACUUUCCUUACUAAGACACUUCCAGAGCUUGUACGCCAAGGCCGAAAGAAGCACUCAGAACUGUAGAAUAAAUAUUUGUUGCUUUAUCCCCUCAAAAAUGGACACCAAGCACUUUUUUUAAAGAAAUUCAGAGAGUAAAACUGAAAAAAGGGAAAGAUAACAGUGAUUAUAUCAUAGGAGUUUGCAUAUAGUUAAAAUUGUACUGAAAAGGGACCAAAGUUCUUGAGAAUUGUCCAACUUGUGCUUGAGAAGUCAUCUGACACAUUGAUAAAUGUACUUGGAACAACUGAACAAAAAUAACAAUCUGCUUACUAAUCUGUCGCACUUAAAAAUAAAAUGUUGAGUCGGACAACAAUCAGAUUUUUCUCCAUUUUA